CCCUCCCAUCCGCAUUGCAUGGCCCAACGCACGAACUACAGCACCUGCCUAAUGCGGAAGGAAGGUCGACAUGCCGGGUUGCGUCAUUCUUCGCCUUAGGCCUGCACCCAUGCGCACUCUCCUGCCUGGACGCAUAAAUACAGGUCGUUCGGGACUACGUGCUCCCUCUUCCGACAGUCGUCAACGAAAGCGAUCACGACCGGUCGUCCUCAGGUAGCUUUGAUACCCCUUGCAGCACAAGAUCCCAGUAGCCAUGCCUACCAUGCGUGCAGUCGUCAUCAAAGACGGCAAGGGCCCCGUUGAGAACCUCUACAUCGGUGAGAUCGAGCGGCCUGUGCCACAACGCGGCCAAGUCCUCGUCAAGAUCAAGGCCUUCGGCUUGAACCGCAUGGACAUCAUGCAACGCGAGGGGGGCUAUCCCCUGCCCCCAGGCGCACCGGACAUCCUGGGCGUCGAGUUCUCCGGAACAGUCGCGGAACUGGGCCAAGACACGGGUGAGAAGGUCCAUGUCGGGGACGCGGUGAUUGGCUUGGCCCUCGGGGGCGCGUACGCGGAAUACAUCCGCCUCCCGGAGACGAACGUGAUGCCCAAGCCUGCGCACCUGACCUGGGAAGAGGCCGCGAGCAUCCCCGAGAGCUUCUUGACUGCCUAUCAAGCACUCGUCCUGAUCGGACAAUGCAAGCCAGGUGACGACGUCCUUGUCCACGCCGGUGCCUCCGGCGUCGGCAUCGCGGCCCUCCAGCUCGCGCGGUUCUGCGGCGCGAACACGGCGACGGCGACGGCGUCGACGCAGGCAAAGAUCGACUUCCUGCUGCAGAUGCCGCACGGCGCGACGCACGCGGUGAACUACCGCACGCAGGACUUUUGCGAAGAGGCGCGCCGGAUCACGCGCGACAAGGGCGUCGACGUCGUCAUCGACUUUGUCGGCCGCACGCACUGGCACAAGAACGUCGCCGCGCUCGCGCGCGACGGGCGCAUGACGCUCCUCGCCUUCCUCAGCGGGAGCAAGGUCGAGGACGUGGACCUGGGCCCGAUUCUGUACAAACGGCUGCACAUCGAGGGCUCGACGCUGCGCAGCCGCUCUGCGGCGUACCAGGCCGAGCUGAUAGCAAAGUUUCAGGAACACAUCCUGGGCGAGAUCACGGGCAGCACAGGCGAGGGAAAGAUCCGCACGUACAUCCACGAGGUCUUUCCGUUCGAGAAGAUCCAAGACGCGCACAGGACGAUGCAGGCUGAUGCAAACGCUGGGAAGCUGAUCGUGACGGUGUCCUGAGGGGGAAAGAAAGAAAAAGGCCAUCUGCGGCGCUGCCCUCUGCCAGGCCAGAACCCAAGGGACUUCCGACGUGUGCCACGGCGACGCAGAACCCCGUGUAAACGUGUACGUUUGUUAUAUGUCGGUUUAGGAAAGCGAAUGUGGCCACCGUGUCAUCACAUGUGAAGAUCUGAAACCUGCUGGCAGCCUCUCUGCGUCAAAAACGCUGGCACGCCGCUAAACGCUCGGGGCGCGUUGGCCUCCGUGGGUCGGGCGCUCGCUUAUCGUCGUCGCCGCUCAGCCUAAGAGGCUUUAGGCUUACAUUACGAAUGGUGAUGGCAUAUCGUGUGGGCAAGGUUCGCGAGCCUAAUGUACGAUGCGGUCGUAGGGAGACCUAGCAUGCGGGUGGCGUUGCGAGGCUACAUAUGCAGUAACAGGGUACCGGCGUACCAGCCUCCGCGUCGGCUUCAGCCCCUCGAAGUUACUACUAUCUCCACGGCCCAUGUCCCACCAACGCCAGCGAGCCCCACUCGCACUAGUCCAAAAAAGUCCCGUCAAUGUCCCACUAUUGCACACCGUUACGCAAGUGGAGAGCCUCCGCGCAAAGUUCCUGUGAUCCCUGCCAAUGUUCGUCUCGUUCAUUUCCGCCGGCGUAUCGCGACGUGCCCUGUGCCCCCUCGUGGUCUGUGCGGGCCCGGAGGCAGGGCUCUGCUCGAUCACGACGGCCUUAGCGCGGCGCACCGCGUCCGCAUCACUGUGCCUCGGAUUUACCCUCCGCGGAGACCGUGCUCGAGGUGGGGGGGGAGGCUUCUGGGUUCGAAACGGGACGGCUCGUCGCACAUUUGUUGCGAACGUCUCAGAUUGGAGCCCGGCCUCGUCUGGCGCGGCGUGUCUUGCUGGCGUCCUGACAGCUUCGCUGCUGCAGCUCGUUCGGUCCCACGCAAGCGCGAUUUGUCUGCCUGUAGGUUCGACGGUUCGACGUUUGCUGGAUGACAUAUGAGCCCUUGGCGAGGGGCGCCGAAGCCGAACAAGCGUGGGCACGUGAGCGUCGCUCGAGCCCAUCCACGUCAAACAGUCGCCGUUUGGCUCCGUGCCUGAGCGCAGGCGACGUGUAUCGCAGCAUUGCGCGACGCACAACGCCGCAGUGCCCCAAACGUAUCAGGCCAUCCAGACAUCGCCACAUCUGCGCAGCAACCCACAGACGACGAACGCUUCGGACACGGCCGACGAACACGUAUGCACUUCGCCAUCUGUUCCGUGCCUGUCGACCCGCGUUUCUCUGCCCGUUCCUACCGCCCCUGCCGUCAGCCAACCUUGGGAGGGAAUCCAGCGUGUGAGCUGCACGGAUUGCAAGGAUGCCAACAGGGCUGCCUGGUAACUGCUUGCGGCCCUGGAGGGUCCUCGAGGCGGCCUGCGGAGCCUCGAGGCUGAUGGCUGUCACGUGCGCGCGCGCGCGCGCGUCCUCGUCCAGAUCUGCCCAAAUCUGUCGCAGCCGCGGCUUGGAGGAUCUCAACAGUAGCUGAUGCGCCCGCCUGCGCACAGCUCGCUUCACCGCCGCGAACAGGCUUGCAUCCUGAUAUCACCGCUUCGUUAUGGGCGUACGCCGCUGCCCCGGCAGCACACGCCCUUUUCGGGGUGUCCGCGGCCUGUCCGCUGGGCUGCAUCGCCGCGUUCUCUGACUGUGCUUGACUAGCUGCCACGCCAGGCCAUCACUAGUCAUUGUUUCAGCUGAUUCCGUCAGUUACUGGCUCGUGUCGUAUAAAAGGGACGCACCCACCUCGCUGUUCCACCAUCCCAGCUUGCCUCCACCAGACGUUCAAGACACUCCCGUCGACGAGACAGACCUCCCGCGCAGCACUCCACCCUAUUCAUCUCGUCCUCGCAACCAUAAUGUCUUGCUCUCGUCGCAUCUCAUCCGGCGUCAAGGCCUUCGCGCUCGCCGCCAAGCCCGUCGCCUCUGGCACCAAGGACACCUCCUCGCAGUCGAACAUCAAGAACGCUGCGAGCGGGAACGGGGCAGUGUUCUUCUGAGAAAGGGGACGCGCACCGAGCAAGCCGCGCUUGGCGACGAGCCGUGCUCUUCGCCGCACUCCACGCAGAUCCCCCCCCUACAGCGGGGCCUGCCAUCCGGUGUCCACCACUCAUGUCUGACACUUUCGGUCGAGGUCCCGCCUCGAUCUUGCGCCACAAGACCUUGUGGCGCAACGGCGCCUGUAAUAUUGCGGAAGCAGGGGCUUUCGCCGUCGUCCUCGAGCCGAGGACGCAGUCUUGAAGGAAACACGGGACUUUUGGGAAACGGUUUUUAUUCUAUUGUGUGUGUACGUGUUCGUAAUGCUCUUGCCCCCAUCAUGUAUCUGUAGUAGUUUAGAUCGCUCUGCCUCGGACGUUACCGUACAAGUUCUUCUCUAUUUGUAAUAAUGGGCUCACCCGGCCUGCGGAUCCUUUUCUUCAUCUCACACUUGCCAGUGUCAUCUCCAGAUGUAGUGUCGUCCCUGUUAAUAAUGAACGAAUAUCACAAC